CUCCAAUGAAACAGACGUAUAACUCAAGGAGUCAUCGUUCACUAGUUCUACAACAUGAAGUUGAAAGUUCAAACCUUAAAUUGAGAAAGGAGCGGUGAAUGUGUUGAUGCGUUACAAACUGCUUCCAAUGGUUGGGCGGUAUUAUUUUGUUAUAUGUGGACCACAUGAUGAAGCAUUGUUUGAUUUAGAUUACAAUUCACCAAGUAAAACGUCAGGCGGAAAGAUAGAUGAUUGUCUGCAUUUGAGCCAAUUCGUUGCACAUGCUGCAUUGGACAUGGUGGAUGAUCACCUAUGGACUAAAGCAGAUACGUAUUUAAAAGUUGUAGACAAGUUUAAUGAGUGGAUGGUAUCUGCAUUCGUAACACCAGGAAGACUUCGUUUCGUUUUACUUCACGAUGAAUCAAAUGAAAAUCGUAUAAAAUAUUUUUUCCAAGACACUUAUGAAGCGUACAUCAAGUUAGCGUUAAAUCCUUUCUUUGAACGUGAGAAACCGAUAACUUCACCCAGCUUCGCCAAACGAGUCCAACGGAUUGCUAAUAAACACUUCGGUUGAUAGACAGAUUCUUUGAAUUCGAACAAAACCGAUUUUACCACUGUGUUCUCUUUAACAGACUCUUCUUAUUCAUACUUUCUAAGUUGUUUUCAAAUUACUGUGAUUUUUUUAGCAAUAAAUUGUGAUUAAAUUGCUUA